AUGCAUUUCACUAACAUCAGUUCAUCAAAUUUUGCCAUCGCAAAGUACUUGAAAGACAUCGAUCAACACAUAAAAGUGAACAUUAGGUGGUAUUCAAACGAAACUUUCAGAAAACUAAUUAGUAAUAUCAACCCUCUUCUUAAUAACUCAGUGGAUGUAUUUCUGCAUAAAUCUGAGGAGCUGUAUAGAGAUUCAAUAAAAGGCAUAAAAUUAGGUUUUACAGGCUUUAAUUUACUCUGGCACCAUGUAAUGAAAAUCAGUGAAUUUUGGUUAGAACUGCCAACAUAUAUAUAUGAUGAUCACAACUCGAAUACACUAGAAGAUGACGAGAAAAAUGCUACGAAAUUAAAAAGUAUAGCAAAAUAUUCAAUGGCAGUGAAUGAAUAUUUCAAAUAUGCUUUCAAAAAUAUUAGCGGUUUAUUUGGGUGUUUUGAGGAAACCAAUAGUACUAAGGGCGUGUGUGGUGAAAACGGAAAAAGUAAAUUGUGGUGGGGUGUCGAUUUCAUCUACCAACGGCUGCAUAAAUACAUUCAAAUGAUCAAAACAGAACAAAUAGAAGAGUCAUGCAGGUUAUUGUUCAAUCCAAAUUUCAGGAAUUUAACAAGUUAUAUCAAUGGAAACCAGUAUUAUUUCAAAAUGCAUCUACCUCAGUUACUACAAAUAUUUGUACGCUACCUACAAAACUUUUGGCCUUAUUACUUACAGAGCUUUGAAGAACAGUCAAGAAUGAAGUGCCAGGCAAGUUAUGCCACAACUGAAACUGCUGAAUCUUCAUAA